GACUUCCAAUGGUUACUAAGGGCAACGCAUAUCGAAAACGCUCCUCCACCAAUCACAGGACGGGAUGUUACCAACGAGCCAAUCAGGGGCGUCGUUUGUCGAUCCAAACAACCGUCCGCUACACAGACAAAAGUCGAGAUUUAGCCUGGAAACAUGUAACUUAGCACGGUACUGUUCAACAACCGCGUAUUAAAUACAUGUUUAGUUGGGUCGUCGUUGAUCCUAAUCUCGGUGUGAAUGCUGUAACUAAUACUCGAAAGGAUGAAAACCCGGGAUUCGCCGCCGCCGGUUCAUGUCCAUGUACCGGAGACCACACCUGUACAUGUUCAUAUGAGAAGGAGUCCCAGCACGACCCCACAGAAUAGGACAAACGAUGCGCAGGUGAUGGGGAAUGGAGGGAGGCCAAAGGUCAGGACGCCAUGGAUUCCUCCAGGAAGACUGUCCUGCCGAAGAGAUGUGGGCUCAUACAAGUGUCAGAGAAGCAGAGUGCAGCAUCAGUCAGAAAGUGGAUUCGGACAUCAGCGUGAUGCAGAGGAGCAGGAAGAGGAGCUGGCUGCAGUAACCAAAAACCUCAGUGUCCUACUCAGGGAGCAAGAAAGCACUCGUUUAAAGAAGGGCCAACACAGAGAGAAAGACAUGCUCCUGAGGGCGCUUGUAGAAGCAGAAAUUGACGGCGUUGCCGUAGCUAAUCAGCUGACAUCCCUGAAGGAAACUAUCGACCGCCUUGCAAAGGUUUUUGUUCUGUCACUUAUUUCUCAGGACAAGCGGAUAUCAAGAUUGCACACAGCUUCACUGGGACGGCAGCAGGAGGUGUUGUUAGAGAAGAUAGAGAUGUUUGACCACACAAAUCACAGCCUUCGAGAGCUCCUCAGAGAGUGGAGUGAUUACGAGAGAGAAUCAUUGAUGUGGUCAGAACAGAAAGUUGCCUUAAAGAAGAGAAUGGCCGACAGUGAAGCAGAAAACAUUCGACUUUUGGCCAAACUCACCAACAAGGAGAAAGAGGCGUCUAAGCUUGCUGAGCAUUUGGACUUUGAAAAGGACAACGCGAAGACGACGGAGGAGCUUUCAAGAAUCCUACAGUCGACCCGCGUCCAUCUGGAAUCUGAGCUGAACAGAGCAGAAGCUGAAAAGGCCCAUCUGGCUGCUCAGAUUCAGAGGAUGCAGCAGAGCCACGAGCAGCAGCAGGAGGAGCUGCAGGCUCUGCAGGAGGAGCUUCAGACUCUGAGGCAGCGGAGAGAGGAGGAGAAGGACGAGAAGGAGCAACAAGACCAGGAGGCGCUGGCCCUGCUGACCCAGCAGGCCGAGCGAGCCGAGGAGUCCACCAGACAGAUUGCGGUAAAACUGCAGGAAAAGGAAUCCCAGUUGGCUCAAGCUCUGUCCAGCUCCAGUGACUGGUGCCUCCGCCACUCUAAAGAGGCAGCUGCUAAAGGACAACUGGAAGAGGAGAUUUCUGCUCUCAAAUUUCAGGUGACCGAGCUUACCUCCCGGCUUCAUUCAGCGGAGGAGAGGAGCCGGGCGGAGAGGGAGGAGCUCAGAGAUCAGCUUCAUCAUCUCAGUGCUGAAAACGCCUCCACCGAGCUGGAAAACCAAAGACUCAAGGGCCAGUUGACGUCAUCUGAGGAGAAGCUCGGAGGUCUGCAGUCUGAGGCCCGUCGGCUGAAAUUGUCAAUAAAAAAACACGAAAACCUGGUGGAGAAAUACAAGAAGAAGGUCCAGCAGGCUCGUCUGGAUUCAGAGGACUGCUGCCUGAAGCUGGAGAUGACACAAAAGGAGGCCCGGGAGGUGAAGGUGAGCCUGGAGAGGGAGAAGGAGCAGGUGAGGUGGGAGCUGCUGGGCCGGCUCAGAGAGCUCGAGUCACUGCCCGACAAACUGAGGAGGACGGAACAACAGCUCAGAGACCUACAACAGGAGGCCGACACCCACGAGAGGAAGAACAGGGAGCACAACUCUGCCCUUUCUGAAGUCAGACAUAUGGUGGAACAACAAGGCACUCAGCUGGAGAUGUUUCAGCAGAGGAACCUGCUGCUACAGGAGGAGAACAACGUUCUCAAAGAGAAAAUUCACAACCUAGAGAAGAGGUUGGAGGACAUGAAGGUAGAAAACAAAGAGAUGACUCAGGCUCUCUCCUCAAAGGAAGCCAGUAUCCAGUGUAUUGAGCAGCAGCUGGAUGAGAAGACCCGCGAGUGCAGCGUCCUGUCCAGACAGCUACAACAAACUCUGGAUGACGCACAGAGAAAGGUGGACAGCAGCAUGCAGAGGGUUUUGGCCAAAGAGAGAGCGUCUCAGUCUAAAGCUUUGGACCUGCAGAGCCAGCUGAGUCGAGCCAAAACAGAGCAGACUCAGCUACAGCGAAGCAAGGAAGAGAUGGAGCGUCGUUUCCAGAGUCAGCUGCAGAACAUGAAGGACAGACUGGAGCAGUCAGACUCUACAAACCGCAGUCUGCAGAACUAUGUUCACUUUCUCAAAACCUCAUAUGGAAAUGUGUUUGGUGACUCCUUGCUUGCAAGCUGACUGCAAAAUACUCCAACCUGACCAGCAUUCAUCCUUUCCAGAUGACAGUUAUUGACUACUACUUUUGACAUGAAGUUUUUAUACUAUCUAUGAAAUGUCUACAACUUUUUUAAUGAAGUGCUUACAUUUUAGUUGCCUGAAAUGUAUUUAUAUUAUUUUGAAUAAAUUACUUCCUGCACAGUU